UCAUGCUGCUGCCAGGUCCAGAGUCUGUCAUGGGUCCUGUACGGCCUCCCAUUGCUGCUGUCUCCAUCGCCACACUCUGCCAUGUGCCACUUUCAGGUCUCCUCACACUGCUGGUGUGUUCCAUUUUUUGUCAUAGGGUGCUGGCAGAUUACGGGCCUCCCAUAGCUGCUGCCAGGCCCCUAAUCUGCCAUGGGCCCCUAUACCGCCUCCUCAUGCUGCUGCCAAGUCCAGAGUCUCUCAUGGGUCCCUGUACGGCCUCCCAUUGCUGCUGUCUCCAUCGCCACACUCUGCCAUGUGCCACUUUCAGGUCUCCUCACACUGCUGGUGUGUUCCAUUUUUUG